AUGGUUCACAAGCAAGUUUUGAAAAAAGGUGCCACAAAAACAAACAAGACUGAGAAAGGCACGAUUACUGCUAUUUUUUGCAUUUUUCUUGAUUCCCACGGAAAUGUUUCUUGCACUGCAAUCUAUAAUAUUUUGAUACUUUCAGGAGCGGGUAAUAAAAAAACAGUAAAAGCACUAGAUGCCAAAAAGAAAGUUGUGAAAGGGCAUUUCAAAUUGCACAAAAAGAAGAUCAGGACGUCUGUACACUUUCGUAGGCCACGUACAUUAUACCAAGCGCGUUCACCUCUUUAUCCUCGAAAAUCCGUCCCUAAACGUGAAAAACUCGACGCUUAUGCUAUCAUCAAGCACCCUUUAACUACAGAAUCAGCAAUGAAAAAAAUUGAAGAUACAAACACGCUGGUUUUUAUCGUUGACAUGAAAGCAAAUAAACCUCAGAUACGUUUGGCUGUCAAGAAACUUUACAAUAUUGAUGUGCAAAGAGUAAAUACCUUAGUCACGCCUAAUCAUGAGAAGAAAGCUUAUGUGCGCUUGGCUCCUGAUUAUGAUGCACUUGAUAUAAAUUCCUUACUACUUAUUAGUGUAGCAAUGGAAGGCAAUAAAGACGAGGCUGAGACGUCCAAGUCAUGUGAUGACACGUUAGAACAAACGCAAAGAGCAGAACUGAGGGAGCGUUAUCUGCGACUUAUAUCUUUUCUUGAAGGCAAAAAGGUAGAGUUGGAUAUGUAUGAGCGUACUUUCGUGAGUGGAAAAUUAACUUCAGUAAAAGCUGACCAAACACAUUAUACUAUCGACGGACUACGUACUCCCAUCGGUGUAGUUGAUCAUGCUAUUCUGAGGAUGAAUGAUACGAUCUUGAUUUCUACCAGUGAUCUUAGUCAGUUGCCAUGUUUUCGAACUGUUACGCAAUAA